UGGAGAGGGUUGAGCUAAAACGGAGGUCCAUAAUUUGAGUCAUCUGUUUCCACUACUGAGUUCGCAGCUCUGGUCUGCUGCUCACUGGCUGUCUUCGGGUGGAUGUAGGCAGCCCUAGGGGACUUUCUAUUAGUGAAAAAUACAUAAUAUGAGUUUAGUAGAAUAUAUAGUGUUCUACCGCAACCUAUUGACGAAUUGGAGUUUACUUUUCGCACUUUCAGUGCUCUUGCAAGCUGUUUUCACGUUUAAGCCUUUCCAUGGAGAAGCCCCUAUUCACUCUACUCUACAUCUGUAUGUGAGAGAGAGAUAGUGUUUCUGUGUAUUUGUCCUGUCUGAGUGUGAUUGUCUGCAUAUGAUUGUUUGAGCGUGUGCGACUGGGUCUCUUGUGUGUGUGAUUGUUUGAUUGUGUGCGUGUGUAUGAAUAUCCAUACCACCCCGUAACUUCCACUUGAAGAACAUGUUACCACCUGUGAGGAGAGACCGCAUCAUUGCUCAGCUUCCAGAGUGUUUUACCCCAGCUGCAGCGCUACACACUAAAGAUGUCUUCCACUCACAGGUCAAGGCUGCCUGUCAGGGGCAAAAGACGGGCGCAGUGGGCUUUAACAUCGCCAAGGUGAUUGUGGUAGGGGAUGUGGCAGUUGGGAAGACAUGUCUGAUCAGCAGGUUCUGUAAGGACUCGUUUGAUAAGAACUAUAAGGCCACCAUCGGAGUGGAUUUUGAGAUGGAACGGUUUGAGGUGUUGGGGGUGCCCUUCAGUUUACAGCUAUGGGACACAGCGGGUCAGGAGAGGUUCAAGUGCAUCGCCUCCACAUAUUACAGAGGAGCACAAGCCAUCAUAGUGGUAUUUGACCUGAGCUGUGUGACCUCUCUGGACAAUGCCAGGCAGUGGCUGGAGGAUGCUAUGAAGGAGAACGAUCCCUCCAGUGUUCUGCUGUUCCUGGUCGGAACCAAGAAGGACCUCAGUUCUCCUAAUCAGUUGGCCUACAUGGAGCAGGAGGCCAUCAGACUGUCAGAGGAAAUCAGAGCAGAGUACUGGACUGUGUCUGCUAAGUCAGGAGAGAGUAUCAGGGAGUUCUUCUUCCGGGUAGCGUCUCUAACCUUUGAGGCCAACGUGCUGGCAGAGCUCGAGAAGAGUGGGUCCAGACGUGUUGGUGACAUUAUCAGAAUCACAGAGAGCACAGAAGAAGAGUACAAACCAACCAAGAGGAAAGCAACCUGCUGCUGAUGGGGAAGGAUACAUACACUUCACUACACAGGACAACACUACACAGGACAACACAGGACAACACUACACAGGACAACACUACACAGGACAACGCAGGACAACACUACACAGGACAACACUACACAGGACAACACAGGACAACACUACACAGGACAACAC